AGGGGGCGGGACCGGAAGAUGGGCUCCGCCUGCGGGGCCGUCGCUCCCCAGAGGAUGUGGAGAGCAGGCAGGAUGUCCGCCGAGCUGGGAGUCGGGUUUUCGCUGAGGGCCGUGAACGAGCGCCUGCAGCAGGCCGUGGCGCGGCGGCCGCAGAAUCUCCCAGCUAUCCAACCCCGGCUUGUAGCAGUCAGCAAAACCAAACCUGCAGACAUGGUGAUUGAGGCUUACAAUCAUGGCCAGCGAACUUUUGGAGAGAACUAUGUGCAGGAACUGCUAGAAAAAGCAUCAAACCCUAAUAUUCUAUCUUCAUGUCCUGAGAUCAAAUGGCACUUCAUUGGCCACUUACAGAAACAAAAUGUCAACAAAUUGAUGGCUGUCCCCAAUCUGUUCAUGCUGGAAACGGUGGAUUCUGUGAAGUUGGCAGACAAAGUGAACAGCUCCUGGCAGAAAAAAAGUUCUCCAGAAAGGUUGAAAGUUAUGGUCCAGAUUAAUACCAGUGGAGAGGAGAGUAAACAUGGCCUUCGGCCUUCUGAGAUGAUAACAGUGGUGGAGCACAUCCAUGCCAAGUGCCCUAGCCUGGAAUUCGUGGGGCUGAUGACUAUAGGAAGCUUUGGGCAUGACCUUAGUCAAGGACCAAACCCAGACUUUCAGGUGUUGCUGUCCCUGCGAGAGGAGCUGUGUAAAAAGCUGAAGGUCCCUGCUGAGCAGGUGGAGCUGAGCAUGGGCAUGUCCGGUGACUUCCAGCACGCGAUUGAAGUAGGAUCUACAAAUGUCCGAGUAGGAAGCAUCAUUUUUGGAGAGCGGGAUUACUCAAAGAAACCAGCCCCAGAGAAGACCACAGCAGACUUGAAGGGGGUGACACAGGAACACUGAGCUAAAGACACCUAAGAUCACCAACUAUGCACUGACCUAGGCUUCCAUGUUGACACACCCCAUGUUCCAGCCCAGUCCUGCUCUCCUGUGACGUGGAUAGAGUGCUGAGGAUCACAUGCACUGAUGGAAAGAAACCGUUUGUGCUUCUGACAUAAGAAGCUGACUUCAAGUGGUAGUUUUGGAUCAGAUUUGAGAAAUGUAGACAUUUUUGCGAAAGAGAUACCAAGUCAGUAGCCAGAAUUGAAUUCAAUACUGAAUCUUCCCAGGAGCACCAACCAAUCCAUGAAUGCCUUUUCCAGGAUAAAACUUGGGUCACUGAUGCCUCUAAUCAGGGAAAUCAGAUGGAUUCCUAUUUCUCAUCCCACCUUAAUAGGAAAUUUCCUAUUAUGGUAAACCCUCGCCAUUGCUGCUAUGGAAUAAAGUGAUUUCUGUCCCUAGU